AUGAGCUUAGCGCUCCUACUAUUUAGUGGGCGGAACGUCACCCAGCGCAUAAAAAAGGCGCUAGAUGAGUUGGCUAGAGAAAUCUCCCGUGAACUUCGCCGCAAACAACACCAAAAAUUCGGCAAUAGAAAUCCGGUGCCGGUCCCCGUUGCUGUUCCGGUUCGAAACCGGUCUUGGACUCUUUGUCGUGAGUUCCGCAGACAUUUCUCUACUUGUCCCUACAACUUCAAUGGGCGUGCACACAUCCGGCCGUUCAAAUUUCGGUUUUUAAACAUCCACUUGAAAUUCUUCAAAAGCUACCAAACAAAACCUUUUCGCCAAAUCAACCGCUGGGGCGGAUUUCGCGACCAUUUCACCCAUAACCACCUCCAGAACCAAUUGAGAGCCAGAUUCCUCAACCAGCAGCCUGCACGCAACUUGGGCAUGGGUGUUCGUCUGUUGUACGAAUUGAGAGAAGAUGGAUGCAAGCACCCAGAUGACCACACUAAACCUUUCCAUCCCACCAAGGUGAUUGUACGCAACGCCUCGCGGGCCGCUGUAGACCCACGAAUGGCCAAAAUUGUUCCUUCGCUGAUUCGACUCAAUCUUUCCUUGAGCCCACAGCACCACGAAACUGCGCUCCGGUUAGCCACAGAGUCCAAAGACGAAACGUAUGUGUCGCAGGGAUGCUACGUUGACUUCCCCAUUAAUGCACAUCUCACCAUCCCGUCCGCGACGUUUUUGACCGACGAAGUGUUGCUGGAAGUGAUGGAAAACCUCCAGAAUUUCGAAAGACAGUUGGCCGAGUUGAAGCUGGACUUGACGAGGUUGUUUGAUCUUGGUGAAUUGCCCAUAAAAUACCUCGUCAACAAGAACGUGAUCCGGGUGCAUUUCCCCAACUGUGAUAGAUUGCAGCUCGAGUCGCUCUUGCGGGACAAAAACAUCCAAGGCGGCAUUAUUUAUGAGGACUCCUCGCUCAGGUACGCUGUGGACGACUCGCCCACGGUGACGGACUCUGACAUCUUGAGCACGUUUGGUUCGUCCUCCAUGUCGCUGGCUUCUUCUGAUGUAUUUUCAGAGGAGCUUGCCGAGCCAUUGAGCUUUGAAAAUGUGGUUCGGCCAUCUGCCAUGGAAACCGGCCAAGGGGUCAGGAUAAGUGAUAAUGAAAGUGACGAAUAUUAUUGGGUUAGCGCAUAA